AGGAACCAGCCACACACACAGGAGAUACCGACGACGACGACAACAACAACAACAACAACAACGACAGCAACAACAACGCAAACGAGCUCGAGAAUGGAGUGAAGGAGAAAGACAACGCACAAGAUAACAAAAGGAAUGCAGACGAUGAUGAGAGCAGCAGUGAUGGUAUGAGCACAUCCUCCAGUAGCAGUGGCAGUGAUAGUAACAGUGACAGUGAUGGGAACGAGGAAAACGAUGAUAUGAUUGGCUCGGGCGAUGAGGAGGAUGAUUAUAAAUGCGAUCCUAUUGGAUCAGGGGUGGACGCUGAUGGGGAUAGGGAGGAUUCGAUUGGUGGGAUGAAGGACGAGGUAACGCGUUCUGCGGAUGUGGACGCUAUUGGCAAAAGGAAACACGGCGACACAGACGACGACGAUGAUGAUAAAGAUGAGGGCAACGAUGCCAAACGAGCCAAGUGAUAAAUAAACCAAACCCUAAAACCCUACGAACCCUAAAACCCUAUGAAUUCUAAAUCCCUACGAACCGUUGAUAUCUAU